UCACUGUAUAGGACCGCGGCGGCUAUAGAAAUGAAUAGGCACGUUCACAGAAGAAAAGCUACAUAACAUUUUGUUUUUUGACGCUACAAUGUCGCUCCAGCAGCAGACGGAGGACACACAGGAGGAGAGAAGCGCCUUCUUCAUAGGUGCUGACUCGGACAGCGUCUCUGUAGAGGAGGACCACCAUCAACUUAUACUACAGAAAGCCAACGCGCUGGCAUCAGAAAACUGCCUAAAAGAAGCCAUUGACUGGUUUGCAGCGGCUAUGCGGUAUGGCCCUGUUAGGCCGGAACAACUAAGCACCUUUGUGGACUGUAUCCUCCGCAACUUUAAGAUCAAAGCGGCUGGCUCGGACUCGUUUUCGGGCCGGAGUCAGGACGCAGCGGGCAGCCAUGGAGACAAAUUGUUUGACUGUCCCAGCUGUCAUAGCUUUUUGGGUGAACCUGUGACCUUAGCCUGUGGACACUCGUAUUGUAAAAGGUGUUUACAACGGCGGCUGCUCUCCAAAUGUAAGCUGUGCAGUGAAAUGGUUAGCGGUAAGGAGAAAGUGAAUGUAAUAUUGUGCGGACUUUUAGAGAAAUGGUUCCCCGAGGAGUUGAAAAGGUCGAAAACGCUAUAUGAAGUGGACGAGCUGUGUAGAAGAAGAUGUUUCCAAGAAGCUGUGUCGCUUGCUACCGAUGUUAUUCAGCAAGAUUCUGCAGAUCCUGAGUGGACAGAGGUGGCACGACUGUCUCGAGCGGAGGCGUACAUGGCUCUCAAACUCUAUCGUCUGGCUCUGGAGGACACAGAGUUCAGCCCCUGGUUCAGCUGCUCUGCUGAAGCUUUGUUUAGGAAAGCUAUGGUGCUGCAUGAGAUGGGCCAAGUGGACGAGUCUCUCCAAGUCUUCCUCCACUGUCUGGCUGUGGACGAGGACUUCCCCUGUGCUAAAAGACAAGUGGAAAAGAUCCUGUGUGACCUGCUCUCCCCUGCUGAUGAGAAUGUCAAGGUCGGCCUGAGGGAGACAACACAGAACACAUCGCCUCACUUACGUAGUAAAACUCUUGUACCCGAUGCGCAAGAUCAACCCCAGAGCCCAGUCCAAAGACAACACCAACACCAGGUCCGUGCCGCCUCGGCACACCCCCAUCUGGAUAACCAGGAGAAGCGCUGGGAAAGCCUAGAGCGGCCUGGUCUGAGCAGAGCUCAUUCACUACGGAUCCACGGCGCCAGUUGUGGAGAGGAAGGGCUGAAGAGAGUCUGCUCUGCUCCUCAGCUGGGUGACGAGGACAAGGGGACGCUGCUGAAGAGAAAGCUGUCGGUGUCAGACACAGAACCCUGCGUUGUGUACAGAGGAAGUAGCAAGUUAAAAAAACAAGGAGUAGCAAAAGGCUUAAAACAAAAGGCUGCCAAAACCUGCAGAAGUGUUCCUGUGGACCUGCUGGAUGCCAUUGACUUGGAGUGCUCUCUCUGCAUGAGGUUGUUCUACGAGCCUGUGACGACACCAUGUGGCCACACCUUCUGUAAAAACUGUUUGGAACGCUGCUUAGACCAUACGCCUCAGUGUCCCCUCUGUAAAGAGAGCUUGAAAGAGUAUCUAGCAUGUAGGAAGUACAUGACAACCUCUGUCUUGGACACGCUGAUCAAACAGUAUUUGAGUCAGGAGUGUGCAGAACGGACGAAAAUUCAUCUAGAGGAGACAAGAGAGCUUUCUGAUCUGACGAAGAAUGUGCCUAUCUUUGUGUGUACCAUGGCCUACCCCACCGUGCCUUGCCCUCUGCAUGUCUUCGAGCCACGUUACCGCCUCAUGAUCCGCCGCUGCAUGGACACUGGCACGCGGCAGUUUGGGAUGUGCAUUAUUGAUCCAGAGAAAGGGUUUGUAGAUUAUGGCUGCAUGCUGAUCAUCAGGAGUGUCCAUUUCCUCCCUGAUGGGCGAUCAGUAGUGGACACCAUUGGAGGAAAACGCUUCCGGGUCCUGUCCAGAGGAAUGAAGGAUGGUUACAGCACGGCCGACAUUGAGCAUUUGGAUGAUACCAGGGUGGAGGACAGUGAAGAGCUAGAGAGUCUGCAAGACCUGCAUGAUGCAGUGUACGAACAGGCCCGCGACUGGUUCCAGAACCUUAAGAUCCACUUCCACAACCAGAUCCUGCAGCACUUUGGACCAAUGCCAGAACGAGAAGCUGACAUCCAGGCAACUCCUAACGGUCCGGCGUGCUGCUGGUGGCUCCUUGCGGUUCUGCCUAUCGACCCACGGUACCAGCUCUCUGUCCUCUCCAUGACCAGCCUCAAAGAACGACUGGUGAAGAUCCAGCAAAUCCUAACAUAUCUGCAGAGCAUCCCAAACAACUAGAGCUUCCUCUUUGGACUUUAAAAUGACAUUCAAGCAACCCCGAAUCUCGCCAGAUUUUUUUUUCUACUGCCAUCCUUCAAUUUACAUAGGAACGAAUCUGAAUCACCUUGUUGAAAUGAGAAGAGUAGUCCCAAGCGGAAGAGCACUAUUCCACUUGAUAUUUUGUUGAAGCUGUCAAAGAUGACCACACAGAGUAGUUUAUAUCUAACAGUCAACCUUGAGUGAGCCUUCUUUCACAAAAGAGAUUUACAGUUUGUUGUAUCAUCUCUAGUGAAGCCAGUGAGGCGGAAAGGUUUCUUUUGUUUUGUCUGCUGGCUUUUAGAUUUAACUUAAAAUGAAGGAGGUGUGUGUUGAUACUGUGGGACAAAAUCCUAAAUGCUGAAAGUCCAAAAAAAAAGAUAAUAGCAAGUUGUGGUUUAAAUGAACCAUUGAGAAGAGAUUAGUGCAGCUAAAGGCUUGCGUAUGUGAACCAAACAAUGAAAGUAUUAAUCUAUAUCUUGAGAGCUUCAUGUUUUCUUCUCACUCACUUCCCCCACAUGCUUACCAUGCACAGAUUCCAUCACGGCCUCUUAGUAAUGGCGCCCUCCUGUUAAAAAAAAGAAUCUGAGUCUCUUCUAAUUUUUUUCCACUUUGAGUUUCUUCCAAGUUGUCACGAAAAGAUUCGCCAUUUAAACAUUAAGUCAGAGAACACUCGUGGCCCUGAAAUGUGAUCUAUGCUUUUCUUCCUUUCACGGUUAACCUUAAGUUGCUAAAUGACUAAAUGUAAGUCAUAUGCACUAUCUUCCAAAAUGUUUGCUUGUCAUGGAUCUUUGGAAAUCAUAGUGGAGUGUGAAGAUUUUUGAAAAGGAGUGUUAAAGAUUGAUUGGUUCUGUUCGUGUAUUACUUGUCUCUCCUCUAAACCAAAAGAUUCAGCUGCCCAUUACAUUAAGUUAAACUGAAUUAAUUUAUGAAUAAGAAUAUAUUUGUACAUUCUGACUGUGUGUUUGUAUGAAAAAUCCUAAGGGGGUUCCUGCAAUAUAAUGACAAAUCAGAAAAAAAACGCAUGUAUCCAACUAAUGGGUUAGCAUUAUUCUUCAUUCAAAGCAGCUCUCUGUCUACUUGGAGGAGAGAGGACGGUACCUGCAGUGCUUUAGCAGGGACUGCAUUUGCCUUACACCAUUUAGCAUUGUAAUUUGAAUUACAAUGUGUUGGCUUGGUUACCAUUCCUUUUAGCCAUAGUGUGAAGUAUGUUUUAAUUUUUUUUCUCUAAGUUAGUUUAAGGCACCAUUUGUUCACAGUGUAUGUAAAAAAAUCUGAAACAAUUUUGAAGUGAGGGCUGUUUUAUGUAAAUCAUCUGUAAAAAGGCUUUUUUGACAGAACUUGCUUUUUGGUCAAAUAUUUAAGUUAUCAGUUUUCAAUAAAUGCACUGCUUUUUUCAA